AUGUACAUGAAGACCACAAACAAGACGGGAUUUAUGCCAAAUCAUAAGAGGUUAUGCAGGCCAACCCGCCUCCCUGAGAUUCCAGGUGACCUUAUAUCAGAGAUCCUCGUUCGCCUCCCGGUGAGAUCGCUCCUGCGGUUCAAGUCGGUGUGCAGGACCUGGCACGCCACCAUCUCCGGCCGAUCCUUCAUCAGCACGCACCUCCAGCGCUCAUUCUCCGACCACCAGCGCCACCCGUCCUUCCUGAUCAGCCCGGAUUUACAGACAGUCGCGAGGCUCGUGUACACGCUGGACCUCCAACGAGACUCCGCUCCAGUGCAAGUCUACAUGCUUGGGCAUUGCAACGGACUCGUGCUAAUUCCCACGGACACCAAGAUGUACGUCCUCAACCCCUCCACCAGGGAGCUUCUCACGCUGCCCGAGAGCACCCGCGAAAUGCUCUCGCCAUCCUCCAUAUUCCGCUCCAUCGUCGGCCUUGGUCUCGAUCCGUCUACAAACAACUACAAGGUUGUCCGGUUCUUUUCCUAUCCAUCAGAUCUGUCCCGCAUGGGAAUGGAGAUAUGUACGAUCACUGAAACUGCCAGAGCCUGGAGGAGCCCCGUUGCAGAUCCACCGUACCCUAUUUCCGAUUACCAAACCGCUACAUUCUUCCAAGGCUCUCUUUUUUGGACCCUCGACGAGCUUAUUCUCAUGCCACCCCCGGAGUGCCGAUUGCUUCGCUUCUGCUUAAAAGACGAAGUAUUUAGCUUUGUUAUGCACCCUCCAUGCCCUGGUCUUGACGACGGCGAUGAAUUCACCUUAAAUGUGCUAGACGGUGAAUUGUGCCUAGCUCAGUUUGACUCUUCGCAGCGGAUGGUGAUGUGGAUGACAAAUGACGCCGUGAACCCACAGUGGGAUCGCCGAUACGUCCUUCAUAUUGAGCCCUCCCUCACCAUAGCAAUUUCACACCAUGGGUUGCUUUUGGUGGAUCGGCAUCGUGUCUUCCAAGGAUGA